AUGGCAGAACUAGGCGAAACAUUGCAUGGCCUGGAAGCGGAUGGUCGCCAGACCGAGUCGUCCCCCGGAGCAGGCCGGGUUUCAAAAUGCCAUCCGCACAAGCCCGAGUCCGAGUUUGUGAACCCAAAGACGACUGCCAUCCCAUCCUCAUCCCGGGGCAUCCUUCUCGAGUCCAGGCCCAAGCCUCGGGGCCAGUUCGUGUCUGGAGUGUUUGGUGUCUGUUUCUCAGCGGCCGGCGCCAUAGAUGGCCGAUCACAAACCGUGUUGAAAGGCGUCGCUUCCUCUCAGACCGGACCCUCGACGGGUGUCAUGCCAAAGGCAGUUAUCGAAGGAGUAGAUCUGGGCAUCGAUACGGCCGCUGGUCGUUUCUCAGGGUCUGUAGCCCCAAGCUGUGGCGGGGGCGACAACAAGCGGAACAAAGUAUAUGGCUGCGACGUGCCUGACCACCGACCACCACCGGCUACUGGCCAGCGCUGCACUGAUGCGGGCUGCAAGGUUGUGGGGAACGAGACGGGGGCCCUGGCGACUGGGGAGGGGGACAAAUCGCUUGCAUGGAAGCGAGCGAGAAUAGAGGGGGUGUGGAUGGGAUUCGCGUGGUAUCCGGACAGUCGCCAAAAUUUGACAUGGCCUGUUUGGCUGGCCUCGCGCAGCGGCGUGCCUUGGCCUGGCCAACUUCGGAGCGAGAAGGGGGAGAGGAAAGGUCAGGGCGACCUGCAAUUGCACCCUGCGUUGGCAAACGUGCAGUCACAGUUGUGGCCGUAG